AUGGGAGAUUUUAAUGCCAAAUCACCACUGUGGGGCUCGGACGUAUGGUGUAACCGCGGCCGAACUCUGUUCCAGUUUUGCAACAGCAUUGAGCUCUUCCCCACUAUUAUUAGGGGUGGCAUCACCUGCGAUCGUGGUAAGGGAUCAAAAAUCGACAUCAUGUUAUGCAGCAGGAGCGCUCUUCACCAUCGCGUGGAUUCAGAGGUAACCGAUUCAUACACGGCUUCGGACCACAGGUACCUGGUCCAUACUUUUGGCCCCCCGUUGAGCCAUGACACUACUUCUUCGCCUCUUGACUUGAAAAAGGGUAAACUAGAUGAAGAAAAGUUUCUUAACGCCUUUCUUAAGAAAUAUGACAAUCAACAUUCUGGAAACCUCCCACGCACUAACACAAUUAGAGAUGUUGAUAAUUUCAUCGAUAAUAUUGGUAGGAUGCUCAAACGAUAUACUAUGCAUAAAAAACCGAUGCUGACGAAACGUACCCCGAUCACGUGGUGGUCGCAGAAAAUUGCUCUGAAGAGGAAAGCCGCGCUUAAGGCCAGAAGACGACUGACCAGUGAUAAAGCCAAGCGUGACCCGUCAUCAAUUGAGGAGUCGCUAGAAAACUAUAAGAAACGCAAACUUUAA